AUGGUAUCUGGAAACAUCACUUGCCUUGGGACUACACACCAGAGUGCUCAGAGCCCUUUUCACAUCCAUCGAGUUGCUCAAGAUUCAGAACUUUUCUUCACAGACGACGAGGCUCAGUUCAGCUUCCUACAGGCUCGCUCUACUUUGUCAUGCCGGCUCGUCAAUAAGCUUGGAUUGGCCCGAAACAGCCUUUCACUCAUCACCGAAGAAGUCGUAAACUACGACGCAACAGCCGUUGCAGAUGCCAUCACAGCCACAGAAGCCGUCACUCUACACGUACCUGACGUCGCGAAUCGUCGCUUCGUCAUCCCACGACCUCUCAGAGCCUGCUUUAUCGGCAGGAAAACAGAGCUGGCGAAGCUGGACCAAGCGUUCCACGAUGUCACCAAGUCUACUCAGCAACGGUUCGUUAUCUUUGGACCUGGCGGAUCAGGAAAGACAGAGCUUGCCUUCAAGUUUGCCACCGAGUACAAAGACAAGUUCUGGGGUGUCUUCUUCAUAGAUGGCAGCUCUCAGAAAAACGCCUCCAGCAGUUACGCCGAGAUCGCCACCAUCGAUGGUCUACUUAUUAUCGACAAUGUGGAUGAUGACGAAACAGAUCUGGAGGAGCUGUUAACUGUUGGGGACAAGGGCUGUGUGAUCAUCACGACACGGAAUCCAUUGCAUAUGACCCAUGGCAAUGCAGGGGAUCGGUAUCUUGAACUUCUUGCCAUGGACCCCAAGGAGGCGGAGGAGGUAAUUCUGCGAGCCGCCGAAGAGCCGAGGCCCUGGGCACAAACAACUAUCGACUCGGCCAACUCGAUAUGCAAAGCCUUUGGUUUCCUUCCGCUUGCUCUUGUCCAAGCAGCCAAAGCCAUUCUCAAGGGCAUCUGCGACUGGCCCAACUACCUCUCAUCAUACGACAGCGAGAUCAGACGAAUCCGCCGCAACUACCAUAGCCGGAAUAGAAGUAUCCCAAGGGAUAAGAAGCGCGUGGACGACGAUAGUAGCUUUACAGUCUUCUCUACCUAUGAGAUCCUACAUCGAAACCUCGAGGAGUCUCCGAGGGAGAAAUGUCAGGAUGCGGUGGAAUUGCUCCACGUGUUUUCCUUCUUUCAUUACCAGAACAUACGACCCGACGUGCUUAUCAACGCUGCCAUCAACCCACUCAAGGAAGAGCAGCAGCAGAGAGAGGACUCUGAACAGGAGCAGGAACUACACAGCAAGCUUCACAGCCCCAAACGCAAGCCGUGGGGGAUGUUCUUCCGCGAGCUCAGAGCUUACUUUAGCUCUCAAAUGGCGACACCACCCCCUUGGCCAGGAGUACUCAGAAACAGGGACAACCUUGGCCUUGAAGAUCUGGAGGAUGAAGUUGAAGACCGGCUUCGAACUGCACCCAGUGUCUUGGUAGAGAGGUCCCUGGUGACGAGGCAGGAGAGGUCUACCGGCCGUUACAGCAUGCACAGGCUCAUCCGCAAAUGGGUCAGGGAACUCCCAGAAAUGCCGACCUCCCACUCCCACCAAGCGCUCUGGUGCCAGAUAUCCAUGGCGACUUUGUCUUCGAGCAUCCGGCGCUUACCACACGGCGAUAAUGAGCCAGAAAACCAUGCUCGACGUGAACUACUGCCGCACAUCACACACGUACGCUAA